GUCUGGAUUUUCCUUUGAGAAAAUUCUCAGUUUUUUCCAGGGGAGGUGCAAACGUUCACUUCGUAUUUCCAUCUUCUCUCACCCUCCCCUUCAAACCCUAAAUCAAAAAAAGUUAGUUUUUUUGAUCUUGGCCUCAUUCAUUCGUUUCCUUCAAACCCUAAAACAAUCUUCAUACACAAAUAUGGGGCAACAGCAAUCGAAAGACGAGUUACUGUACCAGCAAGUUAAUUAUGGUAACACCGAAGGGAUUAAAUCUCUCCGUAGAGAAGGCGCUGGUUUGGAGUGGAUGGAUAAAGAAGGGAAAACACCUCUGAUACUUGCUUGUAUGAAUCCGGGUCUUUACAAUGUUGCAAAGACUUUGAUUGAUUUGGGUGCUAAUGUUAACGCCUAUCGUGGAGGUCGUCAUGCAGGUACUCCACUACAUCAUGCAGCGAAAAGAGGACUUCAGCAAACUGUUAAGUUACUUCUUGCUAAUGGUGCAAAUGCAUUAAUAAUGAAUGAUGAUUGUCAAACUCCCCUUGACGUCGCAAGAGCUAAAGGGAACAGUAAUGUUGUUCGUGCAAUUGAGAAUCAUAUCUGCCUGUUUUCUGGUUGGCUGAGGGAGAUCUAUGGUCCCGGCUUCCUGGAAGUAUUUGCGCCACAACUUCUUUCAAGGAAAGUUUGGGUUGUUGUCUUACCAAUUGGUUCCCGCAAUUUUACAAGGCCUUUCAAGUUGGAGCUUGCUAUGUAUUCCAGUGAUCUGGAUGCCCAGCCUCGAUCCCUUAUUCCACUGUGGAAAGCCAACUUGGAUGAACCAAAUUUUAGCCGACCCGAUCCAACAGUGAUAAUUGCUGAUAUCGCAAAAAUCUCAAAACGCUGGAGGAAAAGGCGAUGUAUUGUGGCUUCCUGUGAGAGAAUGAAUAAGACUCGAAGAGUUAGGCAAACACGCAUAAAACUUGGAUCUGCUAAUGAAAGUGACAAACAACAAUUGCAGCAGUUUUGCAAUGCUUGCAAGGGAAUUCCUCAGGUAAUGCGUUCUAACUUUCCAUUCAAUACUCAAGUGCCAAUUGCCCCUCCACCCGCAACUGGUCCAACUCCAGCUCCAGCACAACCACCUGAAGAAGAAAUGGAGUUAGCUAUGGCAAUUAGGGCUUCGAUGAAUUCUGCAAUGGAAGCAGGACCAUCUCAUACUAACAACACCAAUGCAUCCUCCAGCAGCAGUUUCAAUAGUUGGGAUACUUCAAAGAUCCCAUAUGAAAAUCCUGUAGAAGUAGUCCAUACCCCAGCACCUGAAACUUCAGUUCCAUCUGCCCCGCCAAUUGAACAAGCAAUCAUAGAGGAUGAUGGUCCUAUUCACUAUCCAUCCAUUGAUGCCGACAACCCUGUUGAUUUAUCUUCUUCAACAACAACUACGACCGAGAAUGUAACAAAUAAGACUUGGAGAAAAGAGGAUACUGAUUCUUCGUCUUGUGUUAUAUGUUUGGAUGCCCCAGUCGAGGGGGCUUGCAUUCCAUGUGGUCACAUGGCUGGAUGCAUGUCUUGUUUAAACGAGAUUAAAGGUAAGAAGUGGGGUUGCCCCGUUUGUCGUGCAAAUAUUGAUCAGGUAGUAAGGCUCUAUGCUGUUUAGCAGCUGAAGAAGGCAUUUGCUACUUACUGAUGAAAUUUGCUUGCCUCAAGGAAGAGAUGGGGGUAAUGUGGCCAGGACAUAAUCUAUGACAGAAAAUACUAGAAACCAAAGUAAGAUCUUAUAUAUUGAUAUGAUAAUUAGUGAUUUGUUAUAUUUUGUGUAUUAUAAUACAAGGUUUUCUGGUAGCCUCCUUAAAAAAGGGGCUAUUAAAAACUAUUGAAUUCUUCUUAUAUAUGAAGAAUGCUGUAUAAAGGCUGUAUGAAAACUAAGACUUGAUUAUUAUGUGUUCAUCUCAAUAUAUCAAAUCUAUAC